AGGGAUGAUGAGGUAGAGGAAAUUCCUGUAAAGGAAACAGACUCAACACAGUGCUCAGCCUGAACUAACCACAAUUCUUAUCAUGCAGUAUAGGAUGUGCAGCAAGCAAGGUGAUCAAGAUGAUUCUUAAAGAAAAUGUCUCUGAAUAUCAACCAAAACUGAUAAAGAAAAUUAUGCUUGCUUUUUGCUGGUUCUUAGCAUUAUUUGUUGGUGGGGCAGAAGUCAGAGAGAUUAAUUUGCCAGGUUGUUCCCGUGUAAAACCUCAAAUAUGGUAUCGUGCAAUUAGUAAUGAAGAGUUUGUUUUACAAUGUGCUUUACCAGAUAAAGAGGCUACCCACAUUUUUAACAAGUCACUUCUAAAACAACAUGAGGCAAAAUGGUUCUGGCGUCAGAAUGAUAAAGAGCCACUGAAGGCUAUUACUGAGAAAAGCUCUAACCCUCUUCGCAAAGGGAAUGCACUCUGGUUUAAAAUGAUAGGGGUUAGUGCUUCUGGAAUCUACAUCUGUAUGAUACGGGAAAAAAUCCCAUGCCUCAAAAUGAUUCUGGAGGUUCAAACAAAGAGUGAGGCAAACUGUUCAGAUUAUGGCACAAAUACACUGUAUCUUCUUGCUGGCAGAGGGGAUUCAAUAGUUUGCCCGGGGACAAAAUGUUACAGCCCUAUAAAAAAGCCAGAUGUAAAAUGGUACAAGGAUGGACGUCAAGUAAAACUUCAAAAAGAUAGACGAGGCCUAAAGCUUAAUCAUAAUGAAAUCUACUUGAAUCCAGUCUAUGACAAAGAUGCUGGAAUGUAUGUGUGUGAUUAUACUCUAUUUGACAACAAUACUGAAUGGACAAUGCGAACCAUAGUUACAGUAGAAGUCAUUGCAAAAAACACUAUCCAUCCACCAAGCUUCUUGUAUCCCAGUGGUGUGAUGAUCCUUGAAGCAGAGCUUGGAAAGCCACUUGAAUUGAAAUGCAUUGUACAGUUUGGGUUUGAAAGAGUUUCUCUGCAAAGGGUAACAUGGAAAAGAGAAAACGAAGAAAAUAUAAACAAGAAAUUGAAACAGGAAACAAGUGUUCUUUCAAGUAGUUUAAAGGGCCGCAUACUUGGUCAUGUUGCUAAACUGAAAGAAGUUACCGAGAGGGACCUCAGAAGCAACUUCAUGUGUUUUGCUCAGAAUGCUGUGGGGAACGCUACAGCCGUGAUCAAGCUAAAAAGGAAACAAAGAGUGUUUUUCUUAUAUGUACUAUGCAGUGCCAUUUCAACUCUAUUUGCAUUUCUUGUGUGCGUUGCCUUUGUUUACCAGCACUGGAUUGAAAUAGUGCUGAUAUACCGAAGUUACCUGGUCCAGAAUGAAACUGCAGAAGAUGGCAAAGAGUUUGAUGCAUUUGUGUCCUAUGCAAAACUAGACUCUUCUGAAAGUGAGUCUGCUUUAAUUAGUGAAGAAAAAUUUGCCCUGGAGCUCCUCCCAGACAUACUGGAAAAUAAAUAUGGAUACAAGUUGUGCCUUCUUGAAAGAGAUAUUCUUCCAGGAGGAGCAUACACAGAUGAAGUCGUAACAGCUAUUAGACAAAGUAGGCGAGCAAUAAUUAUUUUGAGCCCUGCCUAUGUCAGUGGACCAAGCAUCUUUGAACUGCAGGCAGCAGUAAACUGUGCGUUAGAAGACAAGAAAAUCAAGCUGCUUUUAGUAAAAUUCCAGGCUUUCCAAGAGCCAGAGACUUUACCUCCAGUAGUGAAGAAGGCCCUACGGAUUUUACCAGUCAUUACCUGGAAGUCUUCUAUUUCUGCUGCUCCGAACAAAAAGUUCUGGAAAUAUAUGCGAUAUCACAUGCCAGUGAAAACUACUAAGAUGUUGGGAAAUUACAGCCUAAAGGGCUUUUUUCAAAGGUUACUUAGCCUGGUUUAUCAAUAACAGAAAUCUCACAGAGAGAUGACAGCAGACUCAGGAAUGGUGACAUGUUUGUAAAAGACCUUUCUUGCAUCAGGUGACCAGUAAGGACUGUCACUUCGGUCAGCAAUAGCUUUCUCCAGGUUAGUGAGAUGAACUGCAAUGUGACAGUGCUACAGCCCACAGUAAAACUAAGUGGCACUGCACAACAACUGUGAAUGUGAGUUCUAUUUCAUAAAUUAUUAUUUUGUCAGUAUUGUUAUUAUUAUUAUAUUUAUUAUCUUAUUUUGCUGUGAUGUUGAUAUAUGUGAAAGUUUUGCUCUUUGUACUGUAUUUCUGCUGGAAGAUCUAUUUUUAUAUUUUUUUCUGGAAAAAGAUUAAUAAAGGGAACUGUAGAGGAAA